AUGGCUCAGUACUUGUUUCAAAAUGAAGGUGCUGCCCUGUUUAAAGUUGUGUCUUUUGACACACCAACAGGUGUUACACUUGCAAUUACCUUUGCAAGCAAAGUGAAAAGUAACUACGAAAUUGAUUGGAAAGCUGUGCAGCAGGAACACAAGAAACGGGUUCUAACAUCAGUUAUUGAACAAUGCAAGGAUAAACUAUGGUGCAAUGCACCAACAGCUCCAUAUAAUUUUGUUGAAGUAAUUCUACAAAACCUUGAUGAAAGUAAAAAAUUUGUUAAAAUUGUUAACAUUGAACCACUUAAGAAUCGAGGAUAUGAUUCUUCAGUAAUUGGGAAACAUGGUUGUGAUGCUUAUCCAUGCAUGAAUAAUGGAAAGUGUGUUUUAAGGCCAGAUAACUCACUUGGAUACGUAUGCAUUUGCUCCUCCGAAUAUUCUGGAGACUUCUGUCAGUCUGCUACGAGUACAAAUAAAUCUUCAUCUCCGUUUCUAACUUCUGGAUGUAUUGUGGUGCUAGUUCUCCUUAUUGCAUUAGGUUACCUUAUUUACUUGCAUUUUUUCAAGACAAGGAAAUGUCAAAGAACUGAAAAAGGAAAAACCGAUCGACGCCCACGUUCUAGAGCUACGCGCAAGACUUCUUUAGAACCUGAAGUUUCCGAUUACAAUGAUACAGAUUUGCCAACACAAAAUGCUCCAAACAAUUCUGAACCUGGAACAAGAAGGAUGAUGGAAACAAACACCCAGAAGAGAACAAUGUAAGACAAAGUUCACAUGAAGAACCAAAUAAUGCGAAGACUCAACCAACAUCUGCACCAUCUGUUCAAGGUGGCAUUCAGGAUGAUUCCAAAUGUGAAUACCUUGAUGACGGCAUACCGUCAUCUGACAGUGAAAGCACAGCAAAUAGAAAUGUACCACCAAGUUCCCAAUCGGAUUCAUUAAAAUCUUCAUUUUUAAAAGACGAUGACGAUUUUGAAAGCAUCAAUUCCUGCAGUUCACCUGACAACGGUUGGGAGACGCCAGACCCAAUGCCAAAUGAAGACUUACUUGACAAAAAACAUUAUUAUUUAGUAAGCAUUGAUAAGCUUAAAUCUACAAAGGAUGAAGAAUUCCAAAAAGAUGACUUACCAACACAGAAAGAGUUCAUAGAUGAAUACUCCUCUAAAGCUGCUUCCCAAGUCCUUGACCAGUUCAACCAUGACUGUGAUUCAAGUAGUCAAUCUACAGACUGUUAUUCAUGUGCUGAAGAAUCAACAUAUUGUGCUCUAAAUAACAUUUCUUUACAAGACAACUGUGAUACUCUUGUUUACAUUCCAAGGAGACCAACAGAUAAUAAUCCUUCGCAAGCAUCUGCAGUACAGGAUGAUAGCAAAGAUAACUCUCGUGUAAAGGAGCAAAAGCUGGUGUUCCCUCGGCAUACAAAGAGUGGUGCAGUUGUUUAUCGACUUUGUGAUCCUGACGCUGAAUCCAAGGACUAGUUUUAAAGUGGUAGGUCACUAACUGAAUCACUGAACUGAAUGGAAAGGUACAGGAAUUCCAAUUUUAGACUUAAACAAUGGCAAUUAAGCCAAAAUAUAAAAUAAUGUUAUAAAUUCAUUUUAUCUCUAAGAUAUAAAAAUAAAAUGUUUACUGAUGUUUCUAUUUUUG